GAAAAGAGCAUUUUGAUUUUUAGGAGAAGAGAAGAGCAGAACCAGCAAGGGUUUUUGCAGGGUAACAGCGUGAAGAAGAAGAAGGAGAGAAGAUGGGUAAGGGCAAUCCACACAAAUCGGGAACCGCCAACGACCUUCAUACGGCGGCAAGGUCCGGCGAUCUCACCGCCGUUCAGUCAAUUUUGAUUUCAAAUCCUCUCGCCGUUAAUUCCAGAGAUAAGCAUUCCAGAACACCACUGCAUUUAGCAGCAUUUGCCGGGCAUGCGGAGGUUGUAAGUUAUCUGUGCCAGAACAAGGCUGCUGUUGGUGCUGCUGCUAUGGAUGACAUGGCUGCGGUACACUUUGCGGCGCAGAAGGGGCACUUGAGAGUUGUUCAGGCUCUAGUUUCGGCUGGGGCCUCUAUCAAAUCCUUUACUCGCAAAGGAAUGAGUCCGUUGCAUUAUGCUGCUCAAGGUUCUCAUUUGGAGCUUGUUAAGUACUUGGCCAAGAAAGGGGUUAGCCUCAGUGCGAAGACAAAGGCGGGGAAGACGCCUUUGGAUCUUGCUACUGAUGAAGAAGUUCGCUCUUUUCUGGAGGGAUAUGAAAGAUCAGCUAAGAAUGGAGAAUCAAAAGAUAAGGAUGUAGGUGGAGAAUCUAAAGAUAAAGAUGGAGCUGGAGAAUCUAAAGAUAAGGAUGAAGCUGGAGAAUCUGAUACAAAGGCGCUGUCAUUGGAAUCGGAAGGUAAUUUGGGUGCUGAUGAACGUCCUGCAGCUGUUGUUGAUGAAGAAAAAGGUGAGAGAGAGAAGAGGAAGGGUAAUGAAGAUGAUGAACCAAGAGAAGACUUACCACAACCGAAAAAGGCAAGAGUGAAGCUAAGCCAUCUCCAAAGUUCAGAUGAUGCCGAAGAAGAAGAAAACAUGUAGGUUGGUAGAGAUAUAGUAGAAGAAAACUCGGUCAUCAUAUCUGUAAUAGUAGCUGAUUUGUAAAGCCCUUUGUUGGGUUAGUAGACUUGGACCAGCUAUUCACACUGUUUUAUGAGUUAUUAACAAAUUCUCCUCCUAUCGAGUUAUUAACAAAUUUUGAACUUAUAAAGUUUUAGCUGAAACCAAGGAAGAGGGAAUUGGAGAAUAGCUUUUACUUUUGUCA